AAUACAUUUAAACGUAUAUCCAAUACACAAAUAUAAAAAAACAAAGAACACUACACGCUUAUACCGCUGAUUUCUCUUAAUUAAACUCCGGCUAAAGAUGAUUCAUAAAUAAAUUCAUAUAUAAAGUAAUCAAAUAUGUUUAACACACAUAGAUAAUGGUCCACUUAGGUAAUUAUGUCGGGUGUUGAAAUUAAGCAAUCAAAACAAAAUAGAUAUGUUGAUAUAUUCGCACGAUAUGAUUCAGUAUAUAAAGUAUUUUCUUCUUUCUUUAAUAUAUAAAAUAUAAACUUAUCUUCUCUUUUUUUGCUAACAUGUAACUCAUAUAUUCGUUUCUACAUAUUCAAGAUCUCUCUGUCUUUCUCUUAUUCCAUUCUAACUUUUAACUUCAAAACAGUUUCUCUUUCUUUCCUUUUCCCCAGCCUAACCAUGUCAUCUUACAAUACACCGGAUCAACCUUCUUCCUCUUCCAACUCCGGCCACCACAUGCCACCACCGGUUCAACAACAACUUAGCCGCUACGAAUCACAGAAACGCCGCGACUGGAACACGUUUCUACAAUACCUUAAAACCCUAAAUCCACCCAUAAAAAUCUCCCAAUUCGACCACACGCACGUGCUAAGCUUCCUCGACUACUUAGACCAGUUCGGUAAAACCAAAGUCCAUCACCAAGCUUGUGCCUUCUUCGGGCAACCCGAUCCACCAUCUCCUUGCACCUGUCCUCUUAAGCAAGCUUGGGGAAGCUUAGAUGCUUUGAUCGGACGGCUGAGAGCUGCUUACGAUGAACAUGGUGGUGAAUCAUCCGAUAGUAACCCGUUUGGGAACGGGUCAAUUCGGAUUCAUUUGAGGGAAAUUAGAGAGUCUCAAGCUAAGGCUCGUGGAAUCCCAUACAGGAAGAAAAAGAAAAGGAAGAAAACCGCAAACGACCCAUUGAUCAGUGAUCAAGAAAGAUUUUCAAACUCUGGGGGGUCGUAAUCACUAGUCCCAUUGAUCACUCAUCACUCGAUCAUUUAUAUAAGACAGAAUCAAAUAAGAUGACUAAAAAUGGAAAAGAUGGUCUCGAUCUCAGGACACAGCCUACCAUUUUUGGAUACAGUUUUUGAGCCAUGAAAUUAUACAUGCCCGGUUAUAUAUUUGUAAGUUUGAGAAGAUUUCUAAACUCUUUCUAAAUGUAUUGGUAUUAUAUCUAUGUUUACGACUUUGUAGUCAUGUAUCUAUAUACAUACACGCGUGUAUAUCAUACAUGUCAAAACAUGAUAUUCAUACAUAUCGUAUGUAUAGUUGUUAGAUUUAAUUUUCUAUGAUUCAUCAAUGUGAAUCUUUUAACCAUAUGAAUCUCUAAUUGAAUAGAAUUAAGCGGAUAUAGAGAGAUUAUGUAUUUUCGGCUAGGGUUACCUUAGGAACUAAAACCCUCUUUAUAUAGAAUAUUAAUUUCUAGUUCAGCCUUUCAUUAAAUUAGAAAUUACUUAAAAUACCACAUAUAAAUAUUUCAUAACACUUAUGCCCAAGCCUUUACCUUAUUCACAAUAGUGACCACUUAAAUAGGCUAAUUGAUUAAUGGCCAUAUCACAUUUAUUCCUUAACAUAUGUGACCCCACUAAAUGAUCUUACAAUCUCCCACUGGGUCAUAUAUGUGCCUUAGAAUGUGAUAGACUGUAUGAGCGCUCUUUAUGCCAUCAAUCCCGAGAGCAUAAACAAUCUCGUCCAUUAGUUAUACCAACAUAGGACCAUGGCGGCUUUUGUUACAUUCUUUCAUAACUAAACAUUCCAUGAUCACAUACAUUAGUCCAACCAAAUGACAUAAAUCAGUUAUGAAACAUGUGGCAUGAAAAUCACAUGAAAUGUGGUAUGUACAUGUCGAUUUUUAACUGGUCCAAAUUUAAUGAGAUCAAUUUAACCUUAUGGUACAAAGUGUAUGUUGAAGACUUUAAACUUUAUUUCUGAUCAGAAAAAUGUGCAUAACACAACCAACACAUAGAACA